CCUCAUCACAUUGGCGGGCAUAACGAGUGCUCUCCCGAAAUACACAUAUCAACAAGAGUUUGAGCAAAUUAUUUCUAAAAUCAAGAAAUGUAAUUUUCCACACUUGCAGAGUAAACAUAAUCAACUUACCAUUCUCAAUUUGAUGUUAUUUAAUAUUGGCAAAGAAUAGAAAUAAGAAGAAGAGCAGAAUCAAAACAAAGAUCAAAGAGCCGUUAUUCUGUCUCUCUCAUCUGCGUCGAUGGAUAGCCGUCGAUAGACGAUUGAUCUGCUCAUAACGAUAGAUCUGAUUACAAACCCGAUAAAUGCAAGCUGACGAACGAGGUUUGAAAGCUCUGGCAGAGCUUUAAGCACUAAAUAUACAUAGCUGUACUUCUAACAUGUUUUUUUCGCUAUCCGAAGCCAUGAGGAGUUUGUCAAACAUUUAAACAUAUAAAUAAGUUUUUAGUGCUGUGAUUUCAAAUUGAUAAGUAUUCAAGAUCGGUAACUGGGCCAUCUAAGACGACAUUGUUGUGCACCAAAUAGUUGAAGCAGCCAUUGGCUUAAGUCUUUCAAUUUUCACCUGGAUGUGUCUGCAGACUAUGAACCUGAUCGACCGAAAGAUCCAAGCACAAGGCUUGGUAUUCGAUGGGUCGACAACGGGUGUUGAAUGUGAGGAGGACAAUUACCAUGGCCGCACCUUCGACGAUUACAUAGAUGUUAUGUGGACCUUGUUCUGCAUUUUGGCUUUGUCCAAGGUGACACAGUUUUCGGAAUGGUAUUUUAGCCAACGUCUGCUGAAAGAGAAGAUGAUCAAUAACUUCGACGUUGGCUCUAUCAACUGUGAAUGGGAACAGACACUUCAGCUGCACGAGGAGGACAAGCGCCAGCUGGAUGACGAAGUUCAAAUGCUCACCGAGAAGAAUCUCAAUCUGGAGCGCAUGAUAAAGGAUUUGCGCGAUUGUAACAUUCACCUGAUUAGCGAGAACUUUAUGCGAUCCAUGCUACAGGAACAGAAACAGGAAUCUGCCCAACCGAACAUCUACAUCAACAACAGUUACUUUCAUCUUACACGUCAGGUUUUCAUUAACGAUCUUAACGUUCGCAAUGUCGGUGGUGAGGAUAUCUGUUCCAUGGAUGACACCCAGGAGGGACUGAAUGUCUGGAUGCAAUAUUUAAAGAUGCGCAAAUGCUAUAUGGGACCCAUAGCUGAUCCUAGCUUGGUUGCCCCCAGCGGUCCCGAGGAAAUGAUGCCCAUUGUUAUGACCACCGAGCAGUUGGCCAAGUUACAGGGCAUAAUCUAGUUAAUUUUCCUUAAUUGCCCUCGACGAUCUAUGAUGAAGUUAUGUUAAUCAUUGAAGAAAAGCAAGAUUAAAAUUAUUAAAAAAGUCUAAAACAAUGAAG